GGCCCAUCCCUUAAGCUUAAGUCUCUCCCGUUUCCGCCAACCUCUGCUUCUCUCUUCUUGGCCUUAUCGCAACUCUCUCUCCAUCUCGUCGCCCAUCGUCACGACUUGUUUUGCCUGCGUGCCCUUCCUCCAUCCUCCAUCGCAUGGCAAGCUACAGGGGAUGCUUGUGCUAGCCCCCACCUCCUGACCCCGGCCGCAAAAUUGUGGUCCCACCGCAGCCAAUCACCAUCCCGGAAACCAAGACCCGGUCCCAACGGGGGAAAUUGUCUCUGCCGAUGAUGCAUCCAGGUGAGCCGGUGGUGGGUCCAAAACAGAGAGACCUGUGUUGGUUCUGUGACAAACCAGCAUCUCAGACACACCACCACACGCUGAAGCAAGGAGGAAAAAAGAAAGCAUCAUCAUUAUGGUUGGGCGUCGGCUUGCGGGUGACGAGAAAGAAGAAAAGCCGCAUAUUCAACUUGUCUCUGCACAAGGGCUACUGGGCUAGAUUCAGCUUCUACAUUGGCGGUGAAGCCGAGUCAGGAACGCCAUCAACUUCCACCGAACACGAGAGCCGAGGAGAAACAAAAAAGAAACGCGCAAACGAGAUUGACAGAAACCGUCCAGAACGUGGCCGCAUUUCUAAACCCGUUCUUUGUUCGGCUUUAUCGGACUUCCCGGCAAGCUGCCGUAGCCACUAUUGUGCCAACUGUGCUUGUGCUGAGAGGUAUGUCACGUUUGUCAGAAGUGCUCUCCUCAUGUGAGACAUGGAGACUCUCUCUCAUUGUCAAAAAUAUGACCAA